AUGCGGAUGCCUUUUGGCUAUGCAGCAAACCAGGCGUUUGAGAAAAUGUCUAGCUAUGGGAUCAUGCUAAACAUGGUUCUGUAUUUUACUAGACAUUAUGGCAUGCAAGCUGCUAAAGCUACCAAUAUUAUCCUCCUAUGGUCUGCAGCUAGUUAUUUCACACCAGUUCUUGCUGCUUUUCUUGCUGAUUCUUACUUUGGUCGUUUCACUAUCAUUGCCUUUGGAUCUUUUCUCACUUUACUAGGAAUGCUACUUUUUUGGCUAACUGCUAUAAUUCCAAACCUAAGUCCAUGUGAUCAAUUAACUAUGAUCUGCAACUCUCCAACAACAUCACAACUUGCAUUCUUAUACUUUUCUCUAUGCCUAAUGGCCAUUGGAGCUGGUGGUGUAAGAGCCUCUUCCUUAGCCUUUGGAGUUGACCAACUAAACAAGAAAGAAAGAGAUGAAGGAAUCAUAGAGCGAUACUUUAAUUGGAGCUUUGCUUUAACAGGAGCUGCAGUCUUAAUUGGAAUGACCAUUUUGGUUUAUAUUCAAGAAAAUUUUGGAUGGAUUGUUGGAUUUGGUGUUCCUGUUGUUCUUAUGUUUAUAUCCACGCUAUCUUUCUUUUUAGCUUCUUCACUUUAUGUUAAGGUUGAACCUAAAGGGAAUGUGAUUAGCGAGUGUGCUCGUGUCGUUGUCGCGUCUUACAGAAACAGAAACCUCAACUUACCAUCGCCAAAUGUCUCGAAUGAUGGCGGGUACUAUUAUGAUAAGGAUUCGGAAAUGCUUAUGCCUAGCGAUAAACUAAGGUAUCGAAUUUAUGAACAUUUCAAAUGUCCAUUGUUGUAGUGUUUUUAGUAGUGAAUCGCAAUAAAAAUCCUUUAAUCUGGUUCUGCUUUGAGUGUGCUGAUAACUUACUGGCUUUAGUGUUUGAUGAUUUGAUUGCAAGGUUUUUGAACAAAGCAUGCCUUAUACAAAAUCCACAACAAGAUUUUACACAAGAUGGAAGACUCAAAAGCCAAUGGAGCCUUUGCACAAUAGAUCAAGUAGAAGCAUUCAAAUCAAUGAUAAAGAUCAUUCCAAUUUGGAUAACAGGAAUGAUAAUGUCUAUAAAUUUUAGCCAA